AUGGCCGUUAAAAACUCAACCCUCGAAACAGACUCUCUGCCAGAUAACGCUGCUGUACCGCAUACGAGAGCGUCUGUUUUGUUCUUCUCUAAAGUCCAACAUCUCGUCAAGUCUGCAUAUAGAAAGUCAAUCGUUAAGCCGCUGCUGCGGCGUAAGAGCCUCGCACCUUCGGACGGUGGUCGACGUGUCCCGUUAAGCAUCAAGCACGCUGAGCCGCUUGUCGACACCCGCCAUGGCUUCUCGUACAUUUCCAACGACAUUCGCACAUCGCGCUACACCGUCUUUGACUUCAUCCCCAAGCAGCUGUUUUUUCAAUUCUCCCGCGUUGGAAACUUUUACUUUCUCUGCGUCGGCAUUCCUCAAAUGAUUCCGAAUCUGUCCACCACCGGAACAUUCACUACCAUCCUGCCAUUGCUGUUCUUUGUACUGCUCACUAUCGUCAAGGAGGGCUACGACGACUAUAGGAGAAGCCGCCUCGAUCGGAUCGAAAACGCCAGCUUCACCACGACCCUCGGGCGCGAAGAUCAUUAUACCGGCAAAGUCAAGCCCCCGACGUGGGUUCAAAGAUGGAACCCAUUCCAUGUCACAACCGAUGCGCAGCCACCUGCGUUGCCAGAAGACGAGUACGACGGUGUCCGAUGGGUCCCCAUCCGUUGGAGCAAUGUCAAAGUUGGAGACGUCGUGAGGCUGAAUCGUGACGACGCUGUACCUGCCGAUAUCGUGCUCCUCUGGACCAGUGAUGAGAACGACUUGGCCUACAUUGACACUAUGGCUCUCGACGGUGAAACCAACCUCAAGAGCAAGCAGCUGUCCUCUGCUCUCGGCGGUUGCGGCACCAUUGAGGGCAUUGCCAACUGCAAGGCCAACUUCUUUGUCGAGGACCCGAACCCGCAACUCUUCAACUUCGAGGGUUCGGUCUCCGCCGACGGAAAGUCUGUGCCCCUUUCCUUGAAUGAGGUCAUAUACCGAGGCAGCGUCGUGCGGAAUACGGCUGCCAUCGUUGGCAUUGUCAUCAACACCGGAGAAGAAUGCAAGAUUCGCAUGAAUUCGAACCAGCACCCGUCGGCAAAGAAGCCUGCACUAGAAAAAAUUGUCAACUGCGUUGUCGUGACUCUCGCCACCUACGUCGUUGUUCUAUCUGUCGGUGUCUGUAUGGGCUACGUCCAUUGGCAGCGCAGCUACGAAAGGCAGGCUCAGUAUCUCAACAACGCCACCAUCCCCUUGUACCAGAUUAUAAUUGCAUUCAUAAUCAUGUUCAAUAAUGUUGUCCCCCUCGCUUUGUAUAUCUCACUAGAAAUUGUCAAGAUUGGACAGCUGUUGCUGCUCAAUUCCGAUAUCGGCAUGUAUGAUGAGGAGACCAACACGCCCGCCAGAUGCAACACCAACACGAUUCUGGAAAACCUCGGCCAAGUCGGUUACAUAUUCUCCGACAAGACUGGAACUCUCACGGACAAUAUUAUGAAGUUUCGCAAAAUUAGUGUCGCGGGAACCGUCUGGCUACACGAAAUGGACCUGGUUGACGAUGGCGAAAACACAGCAACCAGCCUUGGCGAUUCAAGUAGAGAGCCUUCGCUGUACAAGCCCGACCCGGUCCCUACCUCGCCUUUGAGUCAUAUGAGCAGCCCUCUGUACCCACGCAUGUCCAUAGGAGCCCGACCCUCCAUAAGUCGCCGGCGCUCGUCCUCUCACUGGCGCUCUACUGGACGACCCGAUCAUAUCCAGCCAGAAGUCAACACGGCCGAUCUGCUGCACUACAUACAGCUUCGACCUCACUCUGCUUUUGCCAGAAAAGCCAAGGAAUACAUACUCGCCAUGGCGCUUUGCCAUACUUGUCUCCCUGAAUAUACCAACGGUAAUAUCGAGUUUCAGGCAUCUUCUCCCGACGAACUGGCGCUCGUCCGCGCAGCCCAGGAAAUGGGCUACCUGGUCGCUCAGCGUACAGCGAAAAAGGUCACUGUGGAAAUGACCCAGGCCAACGGUCAGCUCGACAGACAGACAUAUGAUAUUCUCGACACUGUCGAGUUCAGCAGCAAUCGAAAACGAAUGUCCAUUGUCCUUCGCCGCCCCGACGGCCGCAUCACUGUCAUUUGCAAGGGAGCAGAUUCCGUCAUCAUCCCACGUCUGAAGCAGUCGUCUCUCGCCAUGCAAAAAGCUACCGAAGCCCGCGCCAGCGCUGAUAUCGAGCAUGAAAUGCAGCGCCGUAGUGAGCAGCAUCAGCCGAGAAACAGUUUUGGAGGGCGGCCCAGCUUAACUGUUCGAUAUAAUUCCAACAUUCACAGACCGCAACAGAGUAUGCCACGCUCAGUAAUCUAUCGCAGUAAGUCUUUCGAGCUAAGGAAACUUGUCAGAAGUUCUGAAGACGGUGUGCGAGCGAGCGCCUGUACGCGAGGUAUGUCGAUGGACAUUAACCGCGCACACGUCCGUACGAGCGUCAACACACACCACGUCCAGCUUCCACAUAAUCUGCAAUUCCUCGACGACCCAAUCAUCCAUGACGAAUUCGAAGCGUUUUCCAAAUGCUUUAAACAUAUCGAAGACUUUGCCACUGAAGGGCUUCGAACUCUACUCUUUGCGCAAAAAGACAUUUCCGAGCAAGACUACCGCGCAUGGAAAAGGAUAUAUGACGACGCGACCACGAGCCUUGUAAAUCGACAGGAAAUGUUAGAAUCCGCUGGCGACUUGCUUGAGCAGGCAUUCUCCCUGAUUGGAGCCAGUGCCAUCGAAGACAAGCUGCAAAAAGGCGUCCCCGAGACUAUUGAGAAGCUGCGACGAGCCAAUAUCAGGAUAUGGAUGCUUACUGGCGAUAAGCGAGAGACUGCCAUCAACAUCGCCCACUCGGCACGCCUUGUCCGGCCCGGUUCGGAUAUCUAUAUUUUGGAUAUUGCAAAGGGCGCCCUUGAAUUCCAGCUUAUUGCUCUCAUCGAAGAUCUCCAGAUAGGGCCUUUUGACAGGAUCGUCGUCAUCGAUGGACAUACACUAAGCGUUAUUGAAAAUUCCGCAGAGCUGUCUAAGCGGUUCUAUGACAUUAUGCUCAAAGUAGACACUGUCAUCUGCUGCCGCGCGUCGCCCGCGCAAAAGUCCCUGCUCGUGCGCACAGUUCGGGACCGUAUCAGCAAGUUCAACCUGACCCGCCGCCACGGCUUGACCCUGGCCAUUGGUGAUGGCGCCAAUGAUCUUGCCAUGAUCCAAGCUAGCCAUGUUGGUAUUGGCAUAUCGGGUCGCGAAGGCCUGCAGGCUGCCCGUGUCGCCGACUACUCCAUCGCCCAGUUUCGGUUUCUACAGCGUCUACUCCUCGUUCACGGACGCUGGAACUAUGUCCGUACCACUAAGUUUAUCCUCUGCACAUUUUGGAAGGAGAUGUUCUUUUACCUCCCGCAGGCCAUCUACCAGCGCUACAACGGAUACACGGGUACCUCACUGUAUGAAGCUACUAGCCUCACAGUCUUUAAUACGCUGUUUACUAGUCUUUGUACGAUUUGCAUGGGCAUUUGGGAGCAGGACUUGCGUGCGGAAACGUUGCUGGCGAUCCCGGAGCUGUACGUGUACGGCCAGCGCGACAUGGGUCUGAAUGUUUGGAAGUAUGCCCGCUGGAUGCUCCUCGCGGCCAUCGAGGGUGUCAUAACUUGGUACGGCGUAUGGGCCGGCUACGGCUGGAUACACCCGCGCGCUAGGGAUGAAGGUCUAUAUGCGCUCGGUACACUCACAUUUACCACGGGUGUUAUGUGGAUCAAUUGGAAGCUGUUUAUCUUUGAGACGCACUAUAAAGCAUCGAUUGUUAUGGGUUCUUUCUUUGUCACUACGAUUGGCUGGUUCGCGUGGAUUUCGUUCCUCGACGGCAUAUUUGCCGCUACCGCUUCCGGGCCGUACGAUGUCAAGCAUAGCUUCCGCUACAAAUGGGGCCCGGACGCCGUCUGGUGGGCGACGCUGUUUGCCGUCCUCGGCACGUUAUGGCUUUUAGAGAUGACGAUGAAGGUAAUUAAGCGACACCUCAUUCUCUGUGGUGUGUGGAAGUGGCCGCCGUGGAAGAAGUCUAGUCUGAGUGAGAACGUGGAGGAGUGGGACGUGGGGCUGUGGCAGGAGCUCGAGCAGGAUGCGACGGUGCAGGCGAAGCUAAAGGUAAUGGCGCGAGAGCAUAUCGGUCAGGAAGUGGACGGCGAAUUGGUGGAGGAAGAUAUAGGGGAGUAUCCGGAGAGAAUAUUAGUAGAGGAGACAGUUGAGAUAUUAUUAUACCUAAGAAGAUAUUAUCUCUUUAAGGGACCUUAG